AUGUCUCAUCACUCCAUUCUUGGAAUCUCUGGACAUAAGAACUUCAGCUCCUGUUCAAUGGCUUCUCCUAAACAUGGAAACUCACACCACACAUUCUCUCACUCCACCAAUUCUGGAGUUCAUGGCCAUAAGACAUUGCAUUGCUUUAACAGCACAAGUGCCCAUGGUGUGGGUUCCAAAGGACACAAGAUUUCAAUGGGAAGUUUUUAUUCUGGGAAAAGUGGACAAGGAUCAGGACAUGCAUCUGGUCAUGGUGGAGGAAUAAGCACUGGAUUUGGAGCCAUCACCUCAGUUACUGUGAACCACGGUCUUCUAGCUCCUCUCAACUUGGAGAUGGACUCGAGUAUUCAGCGAGUAAGGACACAGGAGAAGAAUCAAAUUAGGGGUCUGAAUGACAAAUUUGCUUCUUUUAUUGACAAGGUGAGAUUAUUUUGCCUCAUUAAGAAUUAGAAUAUAAAAUAUAAUGUAUACAUUAUUUUAACCUGUUCCCCCCAAAUUAUCUUCCUUUUAAAUAACAUAUGGUCACAUAAGAAGAAGAGAUUGACCUUUUUGUUUAGUUGAUUCGAUGCUAUGGAUAUGGGUCUCAGUUGUUUAUAUUGAACUUCAGCUAAUGUUAAAUUACAGAAGAUUGUAAGACUGUAUUAUCUCAAAUCGUACUGGAAGGAUUUAUAUGCGUAAAAGUAAAUUGUAUUGUGAUAAUGUCAUAUAAGCUGAAUACUUACAUUUUCAUUAUAGUGUAAUAUAGAAGUGGCCUCUUUUUAUAUUAAGAAAAUUAUUUAAAAUUUUAAGAGGAAUUAAAAAAUGUCUUCUCUGUGGUCAGGUGAGAUUUUUGGAACAGCAAAACAAGAUGCUGGAGACUAAGUGGGCUUUCUUACAAGAACAGAAGACUGCUCGCUAUCAUAUUGAACCCCUUUUUGAGGCUUUUAUCGGUAAUCUCUCCAGACAGCUGGAGAAUCUGAGUUGUGAAAGAAAUCGUCUGGAAGCAGAAAGAACCAAUAUGGAGCAAACCGUAGAAGAACUAAGGAGAAAGUAGGACAUUAUUUUAAUAUUAGCCCUUACUUGAACAUAUAUACAUGAAAAACGAGUGUUUCUGAGAACAGAUAAUGAAUAAUGCAAUAUACAAUAUAUAGUGAAUUUCACAGAACAAAUAACUUUCAAGCUUAAAUGUUUUUAUUCACAUACCUUAAAUAAAAUUAUUAUUAUUUAGUUAAAAAAUAGGGUCAUAAACUGCGUAAACCAGUUAUUGAAUCAAAGUACAUAAUUAUUAACAUAUCCCUUUCUAAUCAUUGCUUUUUUAAAUGACCACAUUUUACAACUAAAUCUCCAUCAUUUUACAUAAAAUAAGUAAUUUGGUGUUCUUUAGAACAAAUAUAUAUACAUACAUAUAUAUAUAAUAUAUAUAUAUAUAUAUUUAUUUUUUAUUUUAUUUUUUUGGAGAUCAUUUUGUGGUGUGUUGCAUUUAGUAUUUUGUACAAUAAAUUUUACAUCAUAUAUUUAUGUAUAUUACUUUAAUAGUGCUUCUUAAUGAUUAAUAUUUCAGAUAUGAAGAGGAAGUUAAUAGACGCACAGCGGCAGAGAAUGAAUUUGUUGGACUAAAGAGGGUAAGGAAAUUUAUGUUAUUACUCCCAACGUGAACCAAAAAUAAGUUUUUAAUAAAGGUGAUUAUUGUUCUAUAACUGUACAUUCCUCUCUCCUUCAGGAUGUAGAUGCAGCUUUUAUGAACAAAUCUGAGUUACAAGCAAAAGCAAGUUCCCUCUCUGAUGAAAUCAAUUUCUUGAGAACCCUCUAUGAUGCGGUAAAUAUAUUUUCCAAUUUAAUAUUAAGAAUUAUCCUUGUUCAGUUACAAUAUAACCAAAACAUUUCGGUUUUUGUAAGUAUGUCUCUUGGGGUAAAUAUUUGUGUGUUUGUUUUGUUUUACUAUAGGAAAUAGGCCAGCUCCAGGCUCAGAUCUCAGACACCUCAGUGGUUGUGUCUAUGGAUAACAGUCGGGAUCUGGAUCUGAAUGGAAUCAUUGCUGAGGUCAGAUCUCAAUAUGAGGACAUUGCUAACAGGAGUAGAGCUGAGGCGGAAGCCAUGUACCAAUCACGGGUGAGUCUAUCAUGCUUAAAUCUUAACGAGUAAGCAGAGCAUAUUUUAGUAGAUAAUUCCACUCUUUUUUCAUUGUUAUUUACAGUUUGAGGAGCUUCGCACAGCUGCAGGAAGGAAUGGGAAUGAUCUGCAGAGCAGCAGAGAUGAGAUCUGUGAAUUGAAAAGAUCAAUUCAGAGAUUGAACGGGGAGAUUGACAGUGUGAAGGCUCAGGUGGGUCUUGUGGGCCAAAAGGACACUUUUCUAAUAAAAUAAAAAUGAUAAAGAUCUGCUAAAGAGCUGUAUUUACUAAUCUUUUAUUAGCGCUAUGCACUUGAAUCUGCAAUAAAUGAGGCUGAAGAACGUGGAGAAUCUGCUGUAAAAGAUGCCAAAAACAAACUGUCUGAGUUGGAAGGUGCUCUACAGAAGGCCAAGCAGGACAUGGCUCGCCAACUGCGAGAAUACCAGGAGCUGAUGAAUGUGAAACUGGCUCUGGAUAUCGAGAUCGCCACCUACAGGAAGAUGCUUGAAGGAGAGGAGGGCAGGUGCGUGAAAAAUUCUACUGAUAUGUUACUGAUUCUGAAUGUAAACUAUGCAUUUGUCUAAACUCUGCUAUGGUUCGCUUUUUCAAUUAUUCCCCUUCUAACUUCAUCUUAAUUUGUGUACUACUUGAGUCUUUAUCAUGAUAAAGAAUUUUUACAAUUAUGAUAAGCAACAUCUUGUAUUCACACUGACCCUAUUGAUCUGCAUCCCAAUGCAAACUGCAUUAAAGAUACAAGCGCCUCAUAAAUGCCCAUUUUUUAUAGUUCUCCAAAAAUUAUGUAGAUCAUACAGGUAUUACAAUCUUCUUGCAAAAGGUUGGAGGGACCAUAUGGUCUCAGGUCUGAUUAGAAAUUAAUUUCUAUCAGUUACAAGUUCAGUUUUUUUUAUACACUGCUAAUAAUGUAAUGUUUAACUAAUAACUGUUUUCUUGUUUAUUUUAGGUUGUCAGCACAUGACUCUGUUAACAUAUGUAAGUGAUAUAUUACAUUGACACAUUAUUUUAACUCCUUAAGGACCAAACUUCUGGAAUUAAAGGGAAUCAUGACAUGUCACACAUGUCAUGUGUCCUUAAGGGGUUAAACCAUGUUAAUAAAGCUUAAAAAUAUGUUAUAAAGUGCAUGUCGAGACAUGCAGUAUGAUUGUGGGGCUCAUUAAAUGUAUAACAUGGUCAGUUUCCUGUGUCUGAUGAUAAAUUAUUAUUUUUUUUUUAAAUUGGAGAUAUUUUAAAUGUCACAUAUGAAUGCGUUUUAAAGUCCAUCAUACACAAAAAAAAGAAGAUGAAGAUGAAUACAUAUAAAUAUAUAUCACCUUACAUAAUGUGUCAAGUAAAACAUAAACUAUUAAAAUAAAGUUCAGACAUUAUUUUAUAUACUUACUUUAAUGUUGUUUCUUAUGCACCAUAGAAUAAAAUGAGGAUUUGGUAAUCUCCAGUUCUAUCAUCUUCAUCCUGAACCAUAUACCUCCAAAUGUUUAAUUAUGUUGGGCACCAAUAAAAAUUGUUAUUGAGUUGUAUGACGAUUGCAUGCUAAUCAUUACAUUUUGUAACUGAACCUUUCAGCUGUACUACACUCUAGCACUGGAGGAAAGCAUAGCUCUGGAGGGAGGUCUCACAGUUCAAGCAACCAUCAACACAACGGAGGAUUCAGUGCCAGCAGUGGAAGGAGCUUGAGCCUCAUCUCAAAAAGUAAACACAGCACUGGUCAUGGACACCACUGUUAA